AUGGAUGAGUUGAAGGACGCAUACUGGCGGACGCCCCCAGUGGCCAGAACUGUCGCUACGGCCGUCCUCGCUUCCUCCGUCGCCGUCCACUUCGGCUUUCUUCCGGGCCGCUGGAUGUACUUCCACCCCUCGGCCGUGUUCAAGCUGUUCCCGGAACCGUGGCGGAUCGUGACCGCCUACAUGGUCACGUUGCCGGGUCUGUCGAUCCUGCUGGACCCGUACUUCCUCUACUCCUACCUCUCGCAGCUGGAGGUCGGGAAUGCGCGCUUCUCGCGGCGUGAGGACUUGAUCUGGUACAUGGCCUUUAUCGGGGUCGCUGUGUUGCUCUUCGACUACCUGGCUGGCCUCAACUCGGGCUUCCACCUCCAGGGUCUUAUUUUGGGCCUCGCCUACACCUGCACCCAGGACCAGCGCGGCCAAAAGGCCAACUUCUUCUUCAUCACCAUCCCCGCCCAGCUCGUGCCCUACAGCAUGAUGCUGGUGUCGCUGCUCGUCGCAGGGCCCCAAGUUGCCCUGUUGCAGCUGUGCGGCCUCGUCGCCGCGCAUCUGUACGACUUCUUGACCCGUCUGUGGCCCGAGUUUGGCGGCGGCUCCAACUUGCUGCCCACGCCGGCCUUCAUGUCGCGCCUUAUCUCCACGCCGGGCCGUGUCCAGGACCACGGCUUCGGCCAUUCCUUCCGUCCGCCUACCGAGUCGGGGAGCGCCACUGGUGCAUCCACGGGUGGCCUUCUGCCGGAUGCGUGGAAGACACGCGGCAAGGGCAACCGUCUCGGCGGUGACUAG